GGCGGGUCAGGUAGGCUGCACAAACAUGUCUGUUUCCACAGACUGUGUUAUAACUUUACAAACCCACCAGAGCUGGACCGUUUUUGUGUGCAUCUUACUCAUAACCAUAUUGGUAACUGUUUGGAAUGGAAGACUCCAUUGAGGUGAUUCUGCAAGACUAUGACAGGGUCCUACCAAAAGCAGGCUCCAACAGACCCCAUCAUGUCCUGUCUGCCUGCCUAGGCACUCUCUUUACAGGCCUGUAUGGAGUAUGGAGCCUGUUUGUUGUGCCUGGCUUUCGCAAAGUCCCGUGGAGCCUCAAGGUUCCUUAUUUGCCCUCCAGUAAAGAUCAGACACUGAACAUUAUGAAGCUGCUCGAGGGACGGACAGGUCGCUUAGCAGAUUUAGGAUCGGGAGAUGGAAGAGUGGUGCUUGCAGCCUCUUCUGCUGGUUUCCAGAGCACAGGAUUUGAGAUUAACUCCUUUUUAGUGGCCUAUGCCAGGAGCAAGGCCCACUGGACUGGGGUGCCCUCUGGCCAGGCAACCUUUGUCCAAAAAGACUUCUGGAAUACCAAUUUAUCUACGUACAACAAUGUGACCGCUUUUCUUGCUCCAGGAGUGAUGGAGGUGCUCGGUGAGAAGCUGUUGAAAGAGCUUCCAGACGAUGCGCGUGUCAUCGCUUGUCGUUUUCCUUUCCCCAACUGGCCGCAACAGUCAUCUGUCGGCUCCGGCCUUGACCAGACCUUUGCUUAUGACAUUAGCAGUGUGCGCUCACACCUGAGAAAAGUACCUAACUCAGUGUCAUAAGUCACAGUCUCAUGUUAUUCUCUUCUCCAGCACUAGACCCUCCAGACUGAUUUCUUAGACCAGAAAUGAACAAAAAUGUGAUAUUUCAAGGAAUACCACACAACCAAAGCUAAAAUAUUUAGCAGCAAACUUCAGGUAUUUAUUGAUAUCUAAGUGAUAGUUUUGAAAUAUGUCUUUGAACAUUUAAAAGGAUGAGCGUCAGUUGUCAGGUGGAUGAUUUUGACAUCACUUAACCCCUGCAGUAUUUGUACAAACUUUACACUGCCAGAACAGGCUAUGCAUUAUUGCUGAGAAUCUUGUUGUAAAAAUAUCAUACACUUCUAUCUGGAAUAUGGCCAGAGUCUUUCUACCUAAGAGCUCUUCCAGUACAAACCAUUUUACUUCCACAUCAACACUAAUAAACCUCUUAAGCAGCAUGCUGCAGGAAGGACAGUGAGGUCAGUGUUUUUGUAUGAUAUUCAAUAGUGUUGUCCCACUUUUGCUUUUGUGUGGUCGUAAUUAGAUUUGUGUGUUGUGUUUAUUUGUGUUUAUUUCAAAAAAUGAAUGCCCAUGUCUGGCUCCAGCUCAAGGCCAGUCUGAAAUUUGUGAAUCAUGGUUAUAUGUGUAAGCCUCUUAUAUUUGGUAGCAGUAAAACUGAGAUUUCUGUGAAUUGCUGAGUGAUUUGUUUUUGUUUUCGUAACAAAAUUAGGAUGGUUCCUCUUUCUACGGUGUCUGCUAUGUUAAACAGCCAUGUUUCUGUACCAAACACUAGUUCUAGAUAGGGCGGUUCAUGCUUUUUCCAUUCCUCCUUGCUUGGAAAGGGGGAGGUGAAACAAGCGUGUUGCAAAUGGCAAUUCCACUGCUCGAUGUGACUAAAUUCUACAAACUGGCUCUUUAAAUCAAAAACCAAGCAUGCCAGAUUGCCUUAAAUGUUUCAAGUCCUUGGCAACAGUGGUUAAAAAAACAAACAUCACGUACAGAUGCACGCAAUCAUUUCACACACUACACUUACAUUCACUUAAGACAUCAAAUGUGAGUGCAGAGGAUCAGACUAAACCCAAUGUAACCCCUUGAUGGUGAUGACAAGAAUAGCAUGCAUGCCAGUAUCUUCAUUAAAGUGAAUUACUGAUGAAUCAUCCUCAUAAAUAAGUCAUACAUUAAUAACAGGCUAAUUCUGCACAUUAUCCAUGAUAAUGAAGAUGCAGAAUAUUAGAAAUGCGUGGCAAAAGUCACAUAUCGUGAAUAUUUGAAAGGCCCACCAAAAUUUCUCAAAUCAUGCUUUUAGCAGAGCUCAUGUCUUGUUAAGAGGGGUUGAGCUUCAGCUGUCUCCCUGGGAGUUUGUUGUUGUAGUAGUAGUAUGUAAUUUAAUGUAAUGUGUAUAAUGUAAUAAACCGUUCUCAGGGCCCUCCAAUACACCAAUAUGCCUCUGCAAACUACUAUUGCGUGGAAAAGUAGUAGAGGUGCUACUACUUUUCCACGUGUACG